CUUCCUGAAGGUACUCAUCUGAGAAAAAGAGAACGAAGUAUUGUUCCUGUUCUCCUUCUUAAGUCAUAUGAAACACUGUCCCCGCUAGUUCUUUAAGUUCCCUGCAAUCUGUACACAAGAGAGAGGGAGAGAGAGGGGGGGAGAGAGACAGAGAGAGCCAGGGACCAGGUAAAGCGGAAGGGCUGCUGCAGCCAUCCAGACCCAGGAGCUGGAAAAUUGCCAAGGAUGCAGAAGGAAAUAAAGAUGAUCAAAGACGAGGAUGUGCGUUUCAACUUGGGUGUGAAGAGGCCCCCAUCCUUUCCCCACUGCCUACAGCCUGUGGCUUCCCGAGGGAAGGCACCCCAGAGGCAUCCCCUCCCGGAAGCCCUCCGGGGGCCGUUUUCCCAGUUUCGAUAUGAACCCCCAGCUGGACACCUGGACGGAUUCCCCGGGGUCUUGGAAGGAGGCGGAUCCCGCAAGCGGAAGAGCAUGCCCACCAAAAUGCCCUACAGCCACGCUGCUGAGGAGGCGGUGCUCAGCCUCCCCUCAGAGGAGAGCAAAGUCCAAGGGCCAGCGAACCUGCCUCUGCUCUUCCCGCAGCCUCAGCGCCCCAAGUGUGACUCACAGAUGAUCGACCUGUGCGAUGUUGGCUUCCAGUUCUACCGAGCGCUGGAGCCGCUGACCAGCAAGCCCAUCAAGCAGGAGCCCCUCAAGCCCAGCGCCCUGUGGCCCCAACAGGCACCCCCGCCUUUCCUGCCCGCGCCCUACCCCUAUUACCCCAAAGUGCACCCGGGCCUGGUGUUCCCUUUCUUAGUGCCGGCCACCUCGCCCUUCCCCUUCGGCCGGCACACCUUCCUGCCCAAGCAGCCCCCCGAGCCGCCGCUGACUCGGAAAGCAGAGCCCCCCGACAGCGAGGAGGUCAAGCAGAAGGUGGAGAGGGUGGACGUGAAUGUGCAGAUCGACGACAGCUACUACGUGGACGUGGGCGGAGCACAGAAGCGCUGGCAGUGCCCCACCUGCGAGAAGUCCUACACCUCCAAGUACAACCUGGUGACCCACAUCCUGGGCCACAGCGGCAUCAAGCCGCACGCGUGCAGCCGCUGUGGGAAGCUCUUUAAACAGCUCAGCCAUCUGCAUACACACAUGCUCACGCACCAGGGCACGCGGCCCCACAAGUGCCAGGUGUGCCACAAGGCCUUCACCCAGACCAGCCACCUCAAGCGCCACAUGAUGCAGCACAGCGAGGUGAAGCCGCACAACUGCCGUGUGUGCGGCCGGGGCUUCGCCUACCCCAGUGAGCUCAAGGCCCACGAAGCCAAACACGCGAGCGGGCGGGAGAAUAUCUGCGUGGAGUGCGGCCUCGACUUCCCCACGCUGGCCCAGCUGAAGAGGCACCUCACCACCCAUCGGGGCCCCAUCCAGUACAACUGCUCCGAGUGCGACAAGACCUUCCAGUACCCCAGCCAGCUGCAGAACCAUAUGAUGAAGCAUAAGGACAUCCGGCCCUACAUCUGCUCCGAGUGCGGCAUGGAGUUUGUGCAGCCCCACCACCUCAAGCAGCACUCGCUUACCCACAAGGGUGUGAAGGAGCACAAGUGCGGGAUCUGUGGGCGGGAGUUCACCCUGCUGGCCAACAUGAAAAGACACGUGCUGAUCCACACCAACAUUCGUGCCUACCAGUGUCACCUUUGCUACAAGAGCUUCGUGCAGAAACAGACCCUCAAGGCGCACAUGAUUGUCCACUCUGAUGUGAAGCCUUUCAAAUGCAAGCUGUGUGGGAAGGAAUUCAACCGGAUGCACAACCUGAUGGGCCACAUGCACCUGCACUCAGACAGCAAACCCUUCAAGUGCCUCUACUGCCCAAGCAAGUUCACCCUGAAGGGGAACCUGACGCGCCACAUGAAGGUCAAGCAUGGAGUGAUGGAGCGGGGCCUUCACACUCAAGGUUUGGGAAGGGGCAGAAUGACGCUGGCACAGACUACGGGUGGCCUGAGGAGCCUGGAGCAGGAGGAGCCUUUUGACCUCUCACAGAAGCGAGGGGCGAAGGGGUGGGUGUUCCAAUCGGAUGGGGAGAGCGCCCGGGGCAGCCCCUGCCAGGAAGAGGAGGAAGAGGAAGAGGAGGAGGAAGAGGAGGAGGAGGAAAAUUGCUGCGAGGUGGAGCCCUACAGCCCCCGCCUAUCCCCCCAGAGCCAGCAGUUCUGUGCCCCCCAAGAUCUGUCCACCAAGGCCGAGAGGACCCUCCAGGGGAGAGGGGAAGCCAGCAAGGAGGAGGAGGAGGAGAAGGAGGAAAAGGAGGAGGAUGUGACUAAAGAAGAGCGAGAGGAGGAUCCCCGUGGGGCAGCGGAAGGUGGCCGGGAGAGAGGGGAGACAGAGGGGAUCUGCCGGGAAGAGUGCCUAAGCCUCAGGGUUUUUCAGAGCGCCCAGCGGGGUUCCUCUUUUUCUGAUUACUUAUACUUCAAGCACAGAGACGAGAGUUUAAAAGAAUUACUGGAGAGGAAAAUGGAAAAACAAGCAGUGCUUUUGGGUAUCUAAGUGGACAGCUCUAAAAUUACAUUCGGAAGAUGAGAGCUAGGCAGUGCAAAUACAGCUUUCUGCAUGAUUGCCGUUCCCUGGAGACUGCUUUCCAAGCGACUCAGACUAAAGGAGCAGGGUCUGUCCUAGGUAAUGUAGUUGCUUCUCAGGCGGUUUCUUGGGCCCUUCAGUCUUAAAAAAACACAGGCAGGGGCUUCAGUGUUACUUUAGGCAUCUCACAUGUAAUAAACUGUGCAUAUUCUUCUGGAUGUCUAACAUAGCUGACCCUGAGGUGCUUUUAGACAUUCUAUUUUCCUUUGACUAAUAUGCAAUACAUGGUUUCUCUCUAAUUGUAAAACAAUGGUGCUUGACACAUUACCUUAUCAAUAACUAUUUAACUGAAUUCAUGAAAGUUAUAUUUUUCCAGUUAAAUGAAAAUAUUAUUAGUUGUAUAUAUAAAAACAGCCUUUAUUGCAUAAACAAAAACACUGGAAAUGACACAGAAGGGUGAGCUAUUGAAAAGGAUAUUCUCAAGUAGCAGCUACAGAUGUACAAUAAAAAUCUAAGAAGAAGAUGAACAGCUUUCACUAAGGGGAAACCGCAACACGUAGAUUCCUGCAUGGGUCUCUCUCCUCUGCUUCAGCUCCUUUCAUGAGUGGGACAUUUGGAGCUCUUCGCAGAUGACUGGGCAAUGCUUAGGGGCCCUGGAUCCUCAGACUGAUGUCUCCUGUCCUAAGCAGAGUCCCCUUCUGGGGGCCGCUGCUGCUUUCUUUUGAAGCCUCAUACCCCAGACAGUAGCUGCAGGAAGAGCUGUCGCUGGUGAAGUGAGGAUGAGGGGCUGGGUGGAGGAAUUCUCCCUAACACAAGCUCUGACUUGUUUGGGGUGUUAGAAUAAUUACCAGCCAAUCACUAUGCUGAAAACCUGGGCUAUGUUCUCAAUGCUGGCUACAUAUAAGAAUCAUCUAUGAGAACCUUUCCAAAAAUACCAAAGCCAAGGCCUUACCCCGAGAUUCUGACCUAAUGGUAUAGAAGGAGCCCCUGAACUGAUAGUUUCCAAAUUGUUCCUUAUGAUAUGUGCAGCCAGGAUUGAGAAAGAUUCACUGGGCUUGAAAAACACCCACCCAGCCCCCUUUCAGGGCUCCAGAAAUAUUUCUGCUCCUGGCUUCAGAGUGACUCAGCCCUAAAGUAGAAGGCAGGAGAGUCAGCAGUCAUCACACUGACUCAGCCCUGCACACCUGCUCUGUAAGAGCCUGACGAGGACACCCCCCACCCCUAUAGAUACACACUUUGUGGACUAGAACACAGUGCCUAUGAUGUUCCUGACCACUUCAUAUGCUGAAUGAUGCGUAACUGGCUGUAUGGAAACUCACUCCUCCUGCCCGAAUACUGGAACCACAGUUGUGGGGGACAGAGAUGGUGAGUUGGGCCUUGCAGAUGGCCUUACUUAGGCACUGGCACUGAGUAAAGUGAUACUAACAGAGGCUGCCUACAUGGGACUGGCACACCUGACAGGACUGUGUUUGCAUUUACAUAAACCCUGCCCUUUGGUGAGGGUUUCAACAUCUACUUGCAGAGCAAGGUACUGCUUCUCCUCCUCCCACACUUCCCAGGACAUUUCUUUGGAAGAACUGAUCCAUUUCCAUCAGCUGGAUGCUGGCUUUUUCUCUCAACAUUGGCACCUCCCCAUCAGCCCCAUCUUGUCCUCAUCAUUCACCGGUGUGCUUUGGCAGUCAUUUCUCCUGCUACCACCCUGAAAUCCCUUCUUUCAGCAUCAGUGCCACCAUGGAGUGCUACAGCUGUUUAGAUUUCCUACUGUCACCUAUGUUCUGAGGUCAGAGAACCUGCAAAGGAGAUUACAGAGAGAACAUUGUGGGUUUCUGCCAUCGUAAGUACAACUGAGCCAAGAACUGCUCCAAGUGCUCAGAAGGCCAAGUUCUACUCUCUGUGAAUGUAGCUCAUAGGUGUCUUUGGUGAUGAUGAUGGCCAGGAAGCUGGCAGGGUGGUUUGCAAGGACACUACCAGCUCUCAGGGGUCUCCUGUAAUCAUAUUCAUUCAGAAGCCACACAUUGAGGACCCACCAUGUGCUGUGCCUGACAAACUCCCAGUUGCCUCUGGCUGGAAUAGGAGCCAGGAAGACAUAGAGUAGUAGGCUCCAGACUUUUCCAACCAAAACAAAUCCUGCAGAAGUGUUUGAGGAAUCAGUUAAUAUUGAGUUGGAGAGAGCGUGGUCCAAAAUGGUGGUUUUGAGUUGUGUUUUGAGGGGCCAGAGAACCCUGUUCUGCCCCUGCCAAGCUAUUAUAGGAGGGAGAAACACAGCUUUCUUGCCCACUCCACUCAAAGUGGCUCAUUUUAUCUGUCUUGUGUAUUAGCAUUCUCAGUAGAAUUUCAUUUGGAAAGAGAGAGAAAGUCUAGGGAAAGUUAACAAAAAUUGUAUUGUGCAGCGUGCUCUAAGGCAUGUGUUUAAUUUUUAACUCUGGAAUGAGAGACUUAAUGAGCUCUAACCUGGGGGCUGGGUUGGCAAUGACCUUCUGAGGACCAAGGAUGAAAGUUUGGUUUUGUACACUGACUAACCAACAUGGAGGUUGGCCUGGGCCAACCCUUGUUUACAUCUGUGGCCUCGGGGUAAUUAAUAAUAGCACACCCUUAACUCUCAAAAUAUCACAGUUUGGGUAACAAAUUACAUGAACACUCCGUGUGUGAGGACAGAGCUGAGUGAAGGGUUGACUGCCUUCCCUGAUAAGCUUAUUAUCCAGAAUGAGAGCCCGAAGGAGGACCUAUUGGGGCCCUCACUAGAGAAUGAAGGAACAGGUCAUUCAAGGCUAUCAUCCUCAUGACCUUUUGAAACUCUGAAAAUAGGUCAGGACCAAAUGCUUUCCAGUCUUUGACCACUGUGCCUUGGAACGAGCCAACACAUAAGCCAACUGCCAUAUUUUUCUUUUACCCAUUAUAUUUAGGCCUAUAAUUAUCUCUGUUAUUGCCUUUCAAUUCCUCUUUCAUUCUCUCCUUUUAAAAUUUUGACUCCCCAUUGGCCAUGCAACUGAAACUAACCUUUCAUAAACCCAAAGAGUAACAGGUAUAUUGGUGUAUUAUUAACCACAUGAAAAAGCUCAAUGUGCAUACUGUAUUUAUUAAGUCCCGGAGGCAUUUAAUAAAAUACUAACAUUGUGUUUUGAAUUAUGAUCUUUGCUUUGCUAGAACAAAAUGUAACAGAACUAACAUUUAAAAUCCUUUGCAUAUUUUGGACAACUUUACACCAAAUGUUGAUUUUGUACAGAAUUCUGGCUUGCUGUUUAAAAAGUAAAACUCCAAGUAUAUAGCAAACCAAGUUGUGGAUAUUACUUUGGGCUUUAGUGAAAAGGCAGCUUACCUGAAAGUAGCAUGUUGUAACCUAUAUUUUGUUAAUUUAAGCAAAUAAAGACAUGUUGGAAA